AUGAAUGGUGCUGUAGUCGGACAAUCAAGUGGUGUAGGUCCACUUGAAACAACGUCUGGAGCUUUUACUAUAGGCGGUGCGCGGAUUGGCGGCAGCGCGACUCUUGACGUUUAUUAUACUGGUUACAUUGAUCAUUUGACAAUUAGUAACCAGACGAAAUCUUCUUGCGAGAUAUAUCUUGAUGCUAUUCUCGCAUGCUAUUUGACAUUCGAUUCUGCAGUAAGUCUUGUUGAUUCUGGUCCUAAUUUCCUUAAUGUUACAAAUAACGGAGGAACAAUCGUAUCGGGUCGUGUGAAUCAAGCAUUGCAAUUUUCUUCAUCAUUGUCUUAUUUCACUGUUAGUGGAAUCUCAGCAUUGAAAUCACAAUAUACAGUCUUUACAAUCUCGAUGUGGGUUUAUCCAACUAAUAUUAUUAAUGGUGCAACUCUAAUUCACGCGUCAACAUUAGCGAACGGUUUAGGAACAUGUUUGACUAUGUGGGGUUUGACACCAAGUAGAGCUGUGUCCGUCAACGUGAUGAAUUCGUCAAAUGUGGCUAUAGCGGCUACUUCUUCUGUAGCAUUACCCCUUAACGUGUGGACACACAUCCUUCAAACAUCAAGUCCAACCAAUGGAAACCGCCUCUACAUUAACGGCGUUUUAGUUGCUAGUGUGUCUGUGUCUUCAGGCACAGCUGUUGGACCAUAUGUUUUUAUUGGCGCAUCACCAACAGGUACAAAUUCGUGUCCGGCUGGGUCUAUUGUGCCAGGGCAAUUUUAUGGUGCAGUCGAUGAAUAUCGUGUGUUUGGUCGCGAAUUAACCACCGCAGAAAUUUGUCGCCUAGCUAACCCCUGA